AUGGAGGGGAUGAGCAUUGAGCUGCUUACGCAGCUCGCCACAGAGGUUCUGACUUCGCCAGAGAAGGGUAUUCGAGAUGAGGCAGCGAAGCGGCUUCGAUUCAUGAGCUGCUACGAUCACUGGGAGUCUGUGAAGGCGCUGUUGCCCCGGGCAGAGAACAACUACUUGCGGUUCAUCGUCUGCAAAGUAAUGCAAUUCAUCGUGAGCAACGAGCUUGGACCACAGGAGAGGAGGGACAUGCAGGCUUAUGUUCUGACCUACCUAACAUCGGUGCGAGAACGCGGUGAAUCACUUCCGUUGUACGUGCGCAACGAACUCUACUCUAUCUAUGCCGCUGCCAUCUACGUCAAUUGGCGUCUGACAGUAAUAUCGAUGGAAGAGGAUCAGAAAGGGAUGGGCAAGCAUAUCAUUGACGAGUUAUCUGCCCAACUCCCCGCUAGCGAUGUGCUGGAUUGCGUACUAGAGGUGCUUACGUUCUUUGCACGACAGGAAUCAAAGGGCUCUCUCGAGCGCGUGCGUGUGGCCUUUGCGGAGGAAGUUCUUCCGUUCUGUUUUCAAUUUGCGGCUGGACAGAUUUCCUCCUAUGGCCAGCGUGCUCUGGAGAUUUGCUGCACCUCCCUGGAGAAUGUGCCAUCAUCUCUGACAGACCCCCGCAUUGUUGUGCAGCACACGACGGAUGACUCCGUCUACUUGGAGAAUGGUACGGGAUGGUUUCCGGCCCUGCCCCUCGCCGUACAGGUGUGUGCCCGCGCCUUUGUUGAUGACCCGGUCAUGGGGAUGAACAGUCCUUGUGCGCGGUUUCUGCGGAUGGCCUCAGCCGUUGUUUGCAUAGACCCAGAGUGGUUUCAGACGCGGAACGAGCUCAACGAAUCAUUCCUCGUCUUUUCGGAGGAGCUGCUGGCGCUCUAUGAGUCGACCGGCUAUAGUCACAUACUUCAGCUAAGCUGCGCCAUCCUCGUGAACGUGUUCGACCGAGACAAGGGGAAGGUGACGGCGUAUUUGUACAAUCGUCCCCAACUCAUUCAUAUGUGGGUGCUGGCAACGCAGCGUGUGUUGUGCCAAUGGGAGGAUGGUGAAGAGGAGCUGCGACAGCAGUUGAUGCACAUGUUCUUUUUAUUUGGUGAAUGUAUUGUGCCGCGUGUCACGGCGAUGGAGAAUGGUGAUGUACGAGCGGGGCCUAUAAUGACAGAUGUCUUGCAGGUGGCACAAUGCUACUUCGACAACGUCGUUGCCAAGGCGCAUCUCACGGAGGACUCCAACGAGCUACGCUCAGACGUCGGCGUCAUGCUACACAAUGAAAAAACUCUUUUGCCGAUUGCAGAGAUGUUAUUUUGUGAGAGAAUAGAUCUCUACACUUCUAUUGCGCGACGUUUGUUAACCACCAUUGAGCAGUAUGAGAGUUGCGUGCGCGCGCGAGAGGCAGGGGACACUGAGGGGCUCAGUGUUUUGAUGUUUUCCCUAGCUAUAGAUACAAAUGCCCUUUGUUCCACCUUGGGUGCAGCCGAUGUUCCUCUCUUUCUUACGCACGUGUGCCUCUCUCGGCUCUCUGUCAUCAUAUCUGCUGUAGCCAUCGCCGUUUUAAAUGGUACGGCUAACCGCAGUGAUGAAAUUUUGGGUGUUAUUGCCCGAUUUGCGCGGGGACUACUCUCGGUCGACGAUGCACUCACUAGUGCCUUGUUGGAGAGCCUCUCACUCUUUGAUCUAGACGCUCGCUACAACAACGGCAAUAACAAUAACAACAACAACGGUGUGCAACACAACGAAGCCGAUGGGAUGGGAAAUGUGCACAUCGGUGUACUGCGUUCCCUAUUUUUCUUCUGUGGUUGUGUCUAUGAAUCCCAAGCUGAAGGGAAUGAUGAGUUUUACGAGGUCAUGAUAAGCCUUCUGCGCUUUGUCUACGUGCACCAUAGUGACAAGACAUCUCUUGUUAUGGAUGCGAACAAUAUUCUUACGAAGGUUUUGUCGCAGGGUGUGCGCGGUUGCUUUCUGGCCUCUGAGAAGAUGACGUCGAUCCUUAUGUCCGUUAAGGAAGAGCGUAUUGACCUGCUGUGUGCCACUAGCGACCAGCUCUCACCAGAGGCGGGAAAGGCCCGCUCAAAUAUGCUAACAGCCCUAACCUUUUUUGUAGAGUCCCGCCACUAUGCAGGGUAUCCAACAUUGGAUGUCCUCCCAUUCAUUAUUACCCGCGCACUGAACCAGGAACGUCUUUCCGCAGAUCCACUCGCACUUCUGCGUGAUCUGAACGCCAUUGUAGAUGGCAUUCACCAGGUUGAAGCCUUUUACUGGCUUCUCGAUGCUGUGAUCGACGAGAGCUGUGAGGUAAAGAAUGUGAUGCGGUCAGUACCCGCAAGUGCACCGCUAGUGUUGCGGCUAUGCGCGCGUUUGUGCAUGUUGGCAACACAGCUGUUGAGAGAAGACAACAAGUGCGAGUCUAGAUGGGGCCUCGCGUCUUUCGCAGUUCGUUCCAUUGGUGGUGUCAUGGGGGCUUAUGACAGUUGGAGUUGGAGUGGGAAGGAAUUUUUACAGUUACCCACCUCAGAUGCCGUGAGCGAGAACGUUGUGUACGACAUUGCCGACAUUAUGUAUAACCUUAUUUGUGGUCAUUGGUGUAAUUUAGGUGUCUUCUUGUUCUACAGUGACGACUUCUUCAUUGCAUUCAGAGAAUUUCUGUCGUUAUUCUUGUCCACUUCUGUGGAGUUGCUAAUGGCGCGCCGGAACUGCGGCGAACGUGUGUUCCGGGCCUUCACGAAGGCCUUUAUGUCGAGAGGAGAACUUGGUACUCGAUUGUGUGAACUCAUGGAGGCAGAAGGACUCUGGCAGCCGUUGCUUAGGCACCUGACAAAGUGCUUGCAUUACACAUUCUUGCUUGAUAUCCUCUGUACGAUUGAGCCAGUCUUCCUCUGCAUGGAGAGGUGCAGCGCCAAUGGGGUUAUCUCUGUGGAAAGCGAAAUCAUCGGUGAACUGUUCAAUGAGAUUGUGGUAUACAUCGCUGUUUCUCCACACAUGGAGAGGUGUGAAAUGGAGCUGUGCUUUAAGAUGCUUUUUAAGUGUUUUGAGAUUUCGAGCCCCAUCUGCAGAGCUAAAAUGGACACACUGUUGGACGUCUGCUCUGCCUACCACCGCGUACGUCUUCGUCAUAUUUAUGCACUGCUGCGUGCCGGAAAGGAGGACGCGUUGUUUUCAUACUUGGGAGUGUUUGGAAUGUCGUCCAAAGUUCAAACUCUGUCUGCUUGGUGA